AUGGCAUUGUUGAAGCUUGGAUCUAAAUCUGAUAUAUUUCGUCGUGAUGGCCACACAUGGGUUUGUACAACUGGACUUACAAGUGAUGUUACCAUUGCAGUAGGGGAGACAUCAUUUUUUCUCCACAAGUUUCCAUUGCUCUCUAGAAGUGGAUUACUAAAGAAACUUUUUGCUGACUCCACAAAUGAAGAUGGAUCAAAUUCUAUUUUACAACUUCAUGAUGUACCUGGUGGAGACAAAACAUUUGAGAUCAUAACAAAGUUUUGCUAUGGUGUAAAACUAGAAAUCACACCAUUAAAUGUGGUUAGUCUAAGAUGUGCAGCAGAAUAUUUACAAAUGAAUGAGAAUUAUGGUGAAAGGAAUUUAAUAGAAGUGACAAAAAAAAUUCUUGAUGAAGUUUUCAGCAAUUGGCCAGACUCAAUAAAAGCACUUCAAACAUGUGAAGAAGUUAAAUCUUAUGCAGAAGAUCUUCACAUUAUUUCAAGAUGCAUUGAUUCCUUAACCAUCAAGGCAUGUUCCGAGGAUUUUUCGGCCGAAACUAAGUCACAAGCUUCAAGUGAUGAUUGGUGGUAUGAAGAUUUAUGUUUAAUAAGUUUGCCAUUAUAUAAAAGACUUAUUGUAUCAAUUGAAUCAAAAGGUAUGAAACCUGAGAAUGUUGCUGCAUCAUUAAUAUGUUAUCUUAGGAGAUAUAUACCUUUGAUGAAUAGACAAUCAAGUUUCAAUGACAAAACUAGUGUUAGUCAAGGGACAACACCAAGUAGAAGUUCAGAAGGAAAUCAAAGGGCAUUAUUGGAAGAAAUUGUAGGGUUGAUUCCUAAUAAAAAAAGUGUAAUCCCUUCUAAGUAUCUUCUUAGGUUGCUAAGAACAGCUAUGAUAUUACAUGCAAGUUCAUCAUGCAUAGAAAAUUUGGAGAAAAGGGUUGGUUCACAGCUUGAUGAAGUUGAACUUGUGGAUAUUUUGAUACCAAAUAUGGGAUAUUCAGUUGAGACACUUUAUGAUAUAGAUUGUAUUCAAAGAAUUAUUGAUCAUUUUAUGUCAAUGUAUAAUCCUGGAACAACAUCAACUACUCCAUUAUGUAUAACUGGUGAAGGAUCCUUGAUUGGUGGAGUUGAUGCAUUGACACCUAUGACAAUUGUGGCUAAUUUGUUGGAUGCAUAUCUUACUGAGGUGGCUCUUGAUGUUAAUUUGAAGUUGCCUAAGUUUCAAUCUCUUGCUGCUUCAAUUCCUGAUUAUGCUAGGCCAUUGGAUGAUGGUUUAUAUCAUGCUAUUGAUGUAUACCUUAAGGCACAUCCAUGGCUAAUAGAUUCUGAAAGGGAACAAUUUUGUAGACUCAUGAACUGCCAAAAGUUGUCAUUAGAAGCAAGCACACAUGCUGCACAAAAUGAACGGAUACCACUGAGAGUAAUAGUGCAGGUCUUGUUUUUUGAACAACUUCGACUUCGUACAUCAAUUUCUAGUUGGUUGUUUGUUUCAGACAACCUUGAGACUUCACAAAGUGCAAAUUUUGGAUUCUCAAGGAGUAAUGGAAAUGGUCAAGUGGACCCUACACAAGGUGGUGAAAACUUGAGGGAUCGUGUAUCAGAGCUAGAGAAGGAAUGUUCAAGCAUUAGAAAUGAGCUUAAGAAGCUGACUAAAACUAAGAAAGGUUGGAGCAUUUUUCCAAGAAUUUUCUUAAGAAGAAAAUCAUCCUAG